UCAUGAAUACUUAGGACACCAUUUACACAUUUCAUGGGAGGUCAGAACAUGGUAUCUGCCUUACACUGCUGAUGAGUUCCACAAUGCGGGUAUGCGGAAAAGCGAGAGAACAGCAAGUGGUUGCUGACUAUCCCUGGGAGCCCAAGGACAGUCAGGGCUUCUGCAGGAAGAAGGAGACAUUGGGGAAAAAAAUGGAGAGAGACAAAAUUCAUCUCCUUCAUAAUUCUGCCUAGGGCCCACCUUAGCUUCAAAAUUUGGUAGUGCUCACAAGGAAAAAGAACUAACCAUGAAUUAAUUAAUUCCCCAAGCCACAGCUCAGCUGAUCUAUUUUCUUGACCUGUGUGGGACUGCUAACAUACUUCUCAUUCUUGAAAGCUAACCAGUUGGUUGGGGAAGCAAAAUUUAUGUAUAUUUUGUUUUUCAAGACCCCAUUCUUCCCUGAAACAGUCUACAUCCAAGGGGUAAGAGUUUCUAAUUGAUAAAACAGCAGUGUCUUUAUUUUUUUAACUCUUUUUUAACUCUUUUGGAUUUAAUACUCCAAAAUUGUUAAUUCCUCAUGCCCCCAAACUAUUAUCAGUUCAUAGAUAAUAGUAAACAUCCCCAUUUGAUCUAAAGCACAUGUAUACUCUAUAUGUCAUUACAUAUUAAACCAUAGGUACACACACAGAGUUUUACUAUUAACAUAAUAUAGUGAACAUUCUGAUUUUACCCAUGGCCAUUCUCAUAUCAAUUAUAAUUUUAAAAAGCAAGAAAUUAUAAGAGCAAAACAAACAUCACGAAUGUAUUUUCAUUGAUAAUGAUAGUUUAAAUUAGUAUAAACCGUAAAUGUUUGUGCGUAACCACAUUAAAAAUAUUUUUCCCUAAAUGAAGGAAUUCUGACACAAGCUACUAGUAAUUGUUGAGCCACUGAAGUUGUAAUGCACUUCUGAAACACAUGUAAUAAUCAUCAAACCUAAAUAUAUCUCUAAUUAAAACAAAUCCUGCUAUGAGUAUGCUGAUCAAAAGGAAAGUGCUCUUGAUAUAUUGCUGUUCAAUUUAGCCCUCCAUCUCUUUUGCGGAAAUCUCCCAGGAUGAUGCAAAGCCAUUAGAGUGUGCUACGCACUAAAGCUUCUAGUUUAACUCCAAUGGCAUGUGUAAAAUCCUGGAUUAUAAAUCAGUGUUACAAUCUAUGCCCAGAAAUCCAUCUAGACUUAUUGUUUAGGAGAAGUAUUGGAAGAAGAUACACUAAGCGAUAGUUAGAGUUGACUUUCAGAAAAUAUAAUAGUUUCAAAACAAUGAGUGAAAAUUUUCAGUACUUCUCCAUUCAACAUGUAUUAUAAAAAAUUAGGAAGAAUUAUCACUCUUCAAAAAUGAAGUCCAUAAAGGGGUCUACUUCUGAUUAUUAUUAGACUCCAUAAAAAUGUAUGAAAAGAUCUGGAAAAAUCUGAAAGUACUUUAAAAUAUUUUAUUAUUAAUAUUAUUUUCUUUAAAUAUUGCAAGCUUAUCUCUUCAUUGCCUACUUUAUUAUACCACUGUCUUUGCUUUCCCAUCUAUCUCCCUGAAUUUCAGUGUUAAUUUCUUCUUAAAAAUGUAUAUGCCAUGGCUAUUUGAUCCCAUUGUCACUUUUAUUAUUACAUUAUACUAAUAAAUCUAGUUAUUUCUUUUAGUGGAUCCUAUACUUUUUUAAAAAUUGAGAUCUUUCAGUACAUCCUCUGCAGAACCGACACCUGGUGUCAUUGCCAUCAAAUUCCUGUAAGUUUGUUUAAGAAAGAAAAAAUUCAAUAAGAAAGUCCACAAUUUCCUGAAUUUGUUUUCCAUGCACCAAAAUUUGGAAAAUUUUAGCUUUCACAUGAAAGUUGGUCCUCUUUUUCUUCUCCUUUUGUUUCCUUCUCUUCUUUACUUUCUUAUCUUGUAACUUCAUUCCCCCUCCUUUUCCCCCCUCUUGACUCCUUUCUCUUCUGCCUUUUCUCUGACCAUUCUUUCAUACUAUUUGUUUUCUUUUUGGGUUAUUAGAAGGCUAGUUAGCUGCUGGAAUUUCUUAUCUACACUGAAAAGAAGCUACCCAAGAGUGUUCUUUCUGAGAACUUUUACAAUAUAAAUCAAUCCCCAUUUACUGUUUAUGUGAGUAUGGUGAAAGUGUAAGAGAAGGGCAAGGUUACACAUAAUUACCUUGGCCAUUUAGAAGGUAGGAGGGUUAAUGACAGACUGAAAUAUAGGGCACAUAGGCAAAUGAGAUGAUUUUAACAUGGAACAGAAAUUAAGUAAAAAGAAAAUAAGAGUAUCUUGUGCUUUCUUUGUGAUAACUCACAACACCAAAAUAACAAAGAUUUUUAUCUGCAGUCAUUCAGUAUAUGUAUCUUGUCUCAACAACUAGAUGUAAACUAAAACGUACUUGUAUUAAACUUCUUUAUGUCCUUCAAAAUGUAGCAUAGCUCUUCACAUACACCAGGUGAAAAGGGUUUCAAUGACAUAUACAAAUUAUGAAAUUGGUGACUACUUCAGAAACAUUGGCUCAAAUUGCUAGAAAUUACUAUCUAAGCAUUUAAACAAUGCAACUGGAUAUAAAUGUACGCAUACACAUGCAUACACACAACACAUUCCCCCAAAAAGAAAGAAAAUUAUAUGAAAACGUGAAAUUGGAAAUAAAAUACUAGAGAAAAUUAUAUGAAAACAUACAUAUAGUAAGAAAAAAUAAUUUUCAAUCUCGGUAACUUAAAAAUAAUCAACAAUGUUUUCAUUAUUUUCAGUAACCUAAGUAUCUGAGAAUUGAUUACAGUGAAAAAACAACCUGUGAGUAGCUGUGCAAUUAAUAUUUAUAGUGAGAUAUUGACUUAUUAUGUGUACUUGGGUAGGUCAUGUUAUCUUACUUAUGCUUCUGUGUCUCUGAAGUGACAAUACUAUUUGCCUUUUCAUCCACCUCCUCUGCAAAGAUGCUCUGCAAAUAAAUGAGGUAAUGUUUGGGGAAUGUUUGCAGCUUGGGAAAGAAACCCACUGCAUACAUCUAAGAAUAUUCCAUAUUCAAGCCUGGUAUAUUUUGCCUCUGUUUUAAAUUGAAAUUGUACUGUUUAAGUUCUUGGGUUCUGACCAAAAUCUGGGUCAACAUAAGAGAAUAAUUAUUUUUUAUUUUAAUUCUGAGUCUCUGUUCCCAUCUCCUGCAUGUGUGAGGGAAAACUGUAGGAAAUAAACAAAGCACAUAAAUCAAGCUUUGGAAGAGAAAAAUCUCUAUCUGGAAGGAUUUCUUUUUUUUUCUUUUUCUUUUUUUUCAAUGAUGAGCGUGCCCACUAUUUCCCUAGAGGAAUAUUUCGGUCCAGGAAGGAGGAUAGUGCAUUCAGUGUGAGAGUGUGUGUGUGUGUGUGUGUGUGUGUGCUGUGCGUGCGCGCCCGCGGAGAGAGGGGCGGGGGAGGCGGAUGAGGAGGAUGAGAUCAUAGUUUCAGGAUCCUCAGGAAACCCUGGUACUGGCAGCAGCCAGCCUCUGCUGUGCCCACAUGACCCACAACUCUGGCAGCGGACCCGGCACUUCCAACAUUAUUAAAUAAUAAGAAAGCGGCUCCUACUCCAGGCUCAAACCUCCCUGCAGACCAAUGGACGCCUUCUAAGAGUUUGGCGAGUCGGUGACUGAAGCGCCCGUCCAUUCCAAGAUAAAUAGGAUUUACCAAUCCUUGGAUGAAGUGCUUGGGAAGUCUUUAAGCGCCAUAAUCAACUGCCAUUUCAAAGAAUAUAGAUGGUUUUGAAAAGUUCAUGCUGUCCCUUCAUUGAAUUUUAGAAUGAUUGAAGAUAGUGGGAAAAGAGGAAAUACCAUGGCAGAAAGAAGACAGCUGUUUGCAGAGAUGAGGGCUCAAGAUCUGGAUCGCAUCCGACUCUCCACCUACAGAACAGCAUGCAAGCUUAGGUUUGUUCAGAAGAAAUGCAAUUUGCACCUGGUGGACAUAUGGAAUGUCAUAGAAGCAUUGCGGGAAAAUGCUCUGAACAACCUGGACCCAAACAUUGAACUCAAUGUGUCCCGCUUAGAGGCUGUGCUCUCCACCAUUUUUUACCAGCUCAACAAACGGAUGCCAACCACUCACCAAAUCCAUGUGGAGCAGUCCAUCAGCCUCCUCCUUAACUUCCUGCUUGCAGCGUUCGAUCCGGAAGGCCAUGGUAAAAUUUCAGUAUUUGCUGUCAAAAUGGCUUUAGCCACAUUGUGUGGAGGGAAGAUCAUGGACAAAUUAAGAUAUAUUUUCUCUAUGAUUUCUGACUCCAGUGGGGUGAUGGUUUAUGGACGAUAUGAUCAAUUCCUUCGGGAAGUUCUCAAACUACCCACAGCGGUUUUUGAAGGCCCUUCAUUUGGUUACACAGAACAGUCAGCCAGAUCCUGUUUCUCCCAACAGAAAAAAGUCACGUUAAAUGGUUUCUUGGACACGCUUAUGUCGGAUCCUCCCCCGCAGUGUCUGGUCUGGUUGCCUCUUCUGCAUCGACUAGCGAAUGUGGAAAAUGUCUUCCAUCCGGUGGAGUGUUCCUACUGCCACAGUGAGAGUAUGAUGGGAUUUCGCUACCGAUGCCAACAGUGUCACAAUUACCAGCUCUGUCAGGACUGCUUCUGGAGGGGACAUGCUGGUGGUUCUCAUAGCAACCAGCACCAAAUGAAAGAGUACACGUCAUGGAAAUCACCUGCUAAGAAGCUGACUAAUGCAUUAAGCAAGUCCCUGAGCUGUGCUUCCAGCCGUGAACCUUUGCACCCCAUGUUCCCAGAUCAGCCUGAGAAGCCACUCAACUUGGCUCACAUCGUUGAUACUUGGCCUCCCAGACCUGUAACCAGCAUGAAUGACACCCUGUUCUCCCACUCUGUUCCCUCCUCAGGAAGUCCUUUUAUUACCAGGAGGUUACCUGAGGGGAUAAGUGCAUCCAGCCCUGUGGCUGAAGAGCAUUCCCUCAUAAAGCAGUACGUAAAUCAGCUUGAUCACGGUGCACGCUCUCCUCCCAAGGACAGUGAAGUAGAGCAGAACAAACUGCUGGCUAGGGCUGCUCCAGCUUUUCUGAAGGGCAAAGGGAUACAGUACAGCCUGAAUGUGGCAGACAGGCUAGCUGAUGAACAUGUUCUCAUCGGGUUGUAUGUCAACAUGCUCCGGAACAACCCCUCAUGCAUGCUUGAGAGUUCAAACCGGCUUGAUGAAGAACACAGGCUAAUCGCCAGGUAUGCAGCAAGGCUGGCAGCAGAGUCCUCUUCAUCUCAGCCAACUCAGCAGAGAAGUGCUCCUGACAUCUCUUUCACCAUCGAUGCGAAUAAGCAGCAAAGGCAGCUGAUUGCUGAGCUAGAAAACAAGAACAGAGAAAUCUUACAGGAGAUCCAGAGACUUCGGCUAGAGCAUGAACAAGCUUCUCAGCCCACACCAGAGAAGGCACAGCAAAACCCCACCCUGCUGGCAGAACUCCGGCUCCUCAGACAGCGCAAAGACGAGCUGGAACAGAGAAUGUCUGCUCUCCAGGAGAGCCGGAGAGAGCUCAUGGUCCAGCUGGAGGGUCUCAUGAAGCUGCUAAAGACUCAGGGGGCUGGCUCUCCCCGCUCCUCCCCCAGCCACACCAUCAGCAGGCCAAUUCCCAUGCCCGUCCGGUCAGCGUCAGCCUGCUCCACCCCGACGCACACGCCGCAGGACUCCCUCACAGGGGUAGGGGGAGAUGUACAGGAGGCAUUUGCACAAAGUUCAAGAAGAAAUUUAAGGAAUGACUUGCUAGUGGCUGCGGAUUCCAUCACUAACACCAUGUCCUCUCUUGUGAAAGAGCUGAAUUCUGAGGUUGGGAGUGAAACAGAGAGUAAUGUGGAUUCUGAAUUUGCACGGACUCAGUUUGAGGAUCUUGUUCCCUCACCAACCUCUGAAAAGGCUUUUCUAGCGCAAAUCCAUGCUCGAAAACCUGGGUAUAUUCACAGUGGAGCGACCACAAGUACCAUGCGUGGCGACAUGGUUACGGAGGAUGCAGAUCCCUAUGUGCGGCCUGAGGAUGAAAACUAUGAAAAUGACUCUGUCCGGCAGCUGGAGAAUGAGCUCAAGAUGGAGGAAUACCUGAAACAGAAGCUGCAGGAUGAAGCCUAUCAGCUCCACGUCAGCACUGAGACCAGACUCAAGCACCCCUGUCCUGUAACCGAGACAAAAUGGCGUGUGUUAUUUUGGGGUUUUGUGGUGUUUGGUGGGUUUCUUUCCUUGGCUCUCCAGAUUUACUUUUGGGGCCUGUUCUAAGUGCAAACCCAGCAGGUUUCACUUGUCGUGUCCAUUAGAUACAACUACAUCUUGUGGGGGUUGUUUCUUUCUUGUUCCACAAUGAAUUGCACAUCCAUCUCCAUCAGAGCUGGUAGCCUAUUAAUAAGCACUGGUCUAACACAGCCAACCCUCCCCCACAGCGCCAUGUUAAUGGAGGAGGGGAGGAAGGUGAAAUCUACUGCAUGGGAUUCAGGAAACAGUUGUGGUUGGUCAGGACGGAAGUCGGGGUAAGUUUGGUUGGUCAGAGGGAGUUGUGCUGGAGAUUGUGAAAAAUGGAUUCUCGAAUGAUCUACUAUAAGGCAGGGAAGGUUCAUUUGUAAGUAGUAAUGUGAACUGAAUUGCAUUAAGAGUGUGUGGCCUUUGUUGUGAUAUACUAUGUAUUUUCUUAUAUGCAUGAGCCAAACUGUUGCAUCAUAAUUUAGCACUGAUGUCUGCUUUUAUUUUGAUCAUCUUUGUCCACCCUUAUUAGUUCUUGGCUGUUAACUAUAGAUAGAUCUUGUAAAUCCAGCAACCUCUGGUUGCUGCAUUCACCUUGGUUCGAUUCCACACCAGGAGCCACAAGUGAGAACUCCACUGUCCUUAGAAGAAAGGGCAUUUUUACUUUUGAACCAAAAAGAGAAAAAAAAAAUCAGAAGUGUUACAUCUUGAGGCGAAUUAACUGUAAGACAUUUUUAAUUAUGACUACUGCAAUUUGACACCAUUUGAAAUAAUUCAGAGACACUAAAGAUUUCACAAUAUUCAUUGGUAUUGUAAAAAAAAAAAAACUACUAUUGUAUGGAUUUUUGUAUUGCUGUUAAGUAUUGUUUUGUGUGUAUGUGUGUGUGUGUUGGAACCUCCUGGGGACAUGUUAUAUUUUGAAGUGAUUAAACUAUUUAAUUGUGUGUCUAUAUUUUGGAGUGGAAUUAUUUCUUCAUUAAAAAAUGUUUUUAAAAACACUA